AUGAGUAAACGUUCUAAUUACCUACCUUCUAAUGACCAACUUGCAGCACUCGCUAAAGGACGUGUUCCAAAAAAUACUAUUAAAAAUUCAGAAGGAUGGAUUAAUAUUAUGAAACAAUGGUGGUCAGAUGUUAAUUAUAAUGAACCACUAGAAAGUCAAGACAAGGAAACGAUUGAACUUCAAGUUUCUCAAUUUUUAUGCGGUGUAACAACUAAACAAGGUCAAUCUUAUUCACGAACGUCAUUAAAGAAUGCUUUAUCAGCAAUUAAUCGGCAUCUUCAAAAUGUCAAACCUGGUUGGCGAUAUAACUUACAUGAUAAGAAUGACUUUCCUGACUUGUAUGCCCGAUUUGAUGGUUUACUGAAAGACAUGAAAAAAAAGAGACUUGGCGAAUCCAAAUCUACGGAUGGAUUAACUACUGAAGAGAUUCGGCAUUUAUUGAAUUAUGAAAUUCUGGAUCCAAAUACUCCUUUAGGAUUAUUAAAACGGGUUUUUUUCUGGAUUUCUAUUUUAGGUGCUGCAAGAGGCGGUGAACACGUCAACUUGCAUGUAUCACAAGUUGUAGAUACAUCUGAUGGAAUUAUAUUAAAAAAAGCCCAACAAAAAAAUGACCAAGGCGGUAUAGAAGGAAAUCAGGUCGACUUAAUUAUACCUUUUCCAUCUGAUCCAGAAGGUACUGCAGGGCCGAAUUCUGAAAUAAGAAAGUAUCUUUCUUUUCGCCCUAAAAAUUUUAAAAGUUCAAGUUUUUACCUUUCUGCUUGUCGUAGUCCAGAUGCUAUUGUAAAAGGAAAAUGGUAUUUAGACAAACCAUUGACUGAUCGUACAAUCCGUUCAAUGUUUAAAAUGAUUUGCAUCGAAUGUGGAAUUAAUGUCGAAUCAAGAAAUAUUAGUAAUCAUUCCGGUCGAAGAACUAGUAUUAUGGAGUUAUUUAGCGUUGGAGUUCCUGAAAAUACUGGCCGUGCAAUCAGUGGGCAUAAAUCUUCUGGUGGAUACUAUGCUUACGCCAAACCUACAGAUGAACAUAAAAGAGAAGCAUUAGGAAAUGUUCUUAACAAACUAAUUACUAAUACAUCAUCUAAUGGAAUAAUGCAAGAUUCUAUUAACCACUCUGAACCCGAUAAUCAUGAAAUUUCAUCAUCUGAAGAUGAUGGAAAUUCAAGUGAUAUGGAUUUAAAUAAUUCCGUACAGAACGAACACGAAUUUUAUGGAACGUUUCAUACGGCAAAAGAAGUUUUAAAAAAUAAUUCUCACAAAAGAUCAUCAACUACUGAUGAGAACAAACAAAUGCAUCGUCAAAAAAAGAAUGUCACA